AUGCUAAAGGAGGUGGAUGAUGGGGUGGAGACUGAAGCCAUCGACCAGCUCCAGAACGUCUUCCUGGAUCAGGCAGAGGAAACUUCUGGCCAAGUUAGAAAAUUUAAAGUUUUAAAUGGAAUUUUUUUUACAGCAGGAGAAAGUGGGGAGAUCGUGACGAGUGCCAACGCUGAAGCUGAGGCUGAAGCCUUUAAUGGUUUCCUCACCGUCCUCCUGGAGGAGACAAGGGACAAGAACAACCUGCCUCUGGAAGAAGUUGAGGCUGAAGCUCAAGAAAGAAAUCCAGAAGAGGCUGAAACAGAGAAUAGCACAUCUCUGGAUCAAGUAAACGGCAAUAAUACAGACGGGCCUGUUGAAAACACUGGGAAUGGAAACGAGAAAAAGAAAAGGACCAGGAGAGGGACACGAGGCAAAGGAAGAAAGAUAAAUUACAAAAAGUUCCAGGACAACAAAGCAGCUGAGGCCAUAGAAAGACCACCAGAAGAUGCAGAAACAAUGAACAGCACACCUCUGGCUGAACAGAAUGGAGGGAGGAAAGAGCUGAUGGACGCCAAAGCAUCAAGAGACCAACAUAAAAGACAGACACAAAGAAAGCCACAGACACAGUCACAUGUCUGGACACACCGUGACGGAGCCUGCGAGUCAGGGUGGAGAGGACCUGCUCACUGGGACCGGAGAGACAGGAGAAUCCCGAGAAGAUCAACUCAAGACACACCAUCACAUGCUGGAGCCUGAUCUGUUGAACAGCACACACACACACACACACACACACACACACACACACACUCUAAACCCAAUGCACACACUAACACACAUAUACACACACAAAACCAAUGCACACAAACACGCAUACACAGAAAACCCAAUGAACAAACAAACACACACAAACACACACACACAAAACACCCCCGCCAAGCCCCCAUCCUAACCUUAAGCCUAACCCUACCACCACCCCUAUUCCCCAAUCCAAUUAUUAAAAUUAUUUUUAAAAAUGGACGCUUAUGCCUUUGCUGGUUUUUGGCCCGAAGAAGAAUAUUACUUGAUUGGAAAUCAAGCAAACCACCAUCAGUUUCACUCUGGCUUAGCGUGUGAUGAUGCUUUUGAAAUUGGAGAAAAUUAAAUAUUCACUUUGAGGAUCUACUAAACAUUUUUAUUCAGUAUGGAACCCCAUGAUUUUAUAUUUUGAAAGGUGCAUAACUCUCCCCCAAUCUAAAAUUAUAAGUAGAAUCAGAAGACCCAUCUAUAUGGGCAUGGAUAUCACAAUCAGACAGAAUGGGCUAACAAUAUUACAUAAUAUAUGGGCUGUAAACUGUAAACUAUUUAGUAUAGUAGUGUAGCAGCAAUAAGUAUAUCUGUACCAGCAGUAAGUAUAUCUGUAGCAGUAGUAAGUUUAUCUGUAGCAGCAAUAAGUAUAUCUGUACCAGCAAUAAGUAUAUCUGUAGCAGUAGUAAGUUUAUCUGUAGCAGCAAUAAGUAUAUCUGGAGCAGCAGUAAGUAUAGCAUUCCAAAAAUAUAAAAUGUCUGAUGCAGCUUUGUAAAGUGUGGUGUGCAGUGGUAUUGACAAUUGACUUGAUGUGUUCCGUUAUCUUUCUGUGUCCUAUAUGGUCAUAUAACACCAGUUACAUCCCAAAUCGCUCCCUGUUGGAGACAUGUAGUGUACUACUUAUGGUGUAAAAGUCAUUGUGUACAUAGCAAGUGUAUAG